UGUCACGCUGGUUUGGUGUAGCUUUCAGCCUUUGGAGUAAAAUUGUGUUAAACCGAUUCUUCAACGUCUUCACGUUUGAUGAUGGUUUCAAAGACGACCUUGUUUCAGCCAUGCUGCUUCUAUUUUCUACUCCUGUUUUUCUGUAUCGCAGAUGGCGACAUGAGCUUUUCUUUUCCAGAGGAGAUGAAACGAGGAUUCGUUAUUGGAAAUAUAGCAAAGGAUCUCGGGCUCAAACCAUCUGAACUCUCAAACAGAAAACCGCGCAUUGACGCAGAUGGGACUGAUAAACGUUACUGUGACAUAAACCUGAGCAGCGGAGAUCUGGUUGUGGCAGACAGGAUUGACCGAGAAGAGCUUUGUGACGAAAAGGCUUCGUGCAUCAUAAAAUACGAGCUUGUGCUUGAGAAUCCACUUGAGCUCCAUCGGAUUAAUCUUCACAUACAAGAUAUUAAUGAUAAUUCACCUCAAUUUAAUGACGACUCUAUCCAUCUAGAAAUUCAGGAAUCCACAGACAGGGGAGCUCGUUUUGUGAUAGGGGAGGCGCAUGAUGCGGAUGUAGGACAGAAUUCAGUUCAACAGUACAGCCUGAAGAAGAAUGAUAAUUUUAUUUUAGCUGCAAAUGGAAACACAAUCGAGCUUGUUCUUGACAAAGAGGUCGAUCGUGAAAAUCAAGGGGACAUUAAUUUGCUCCUCACAGCUCGAGAUGGUGGUUCUCCUCAGAGAUCAGGUACCGUAGUCAUACACGUCACUGUGCUGGAUGCUAAUGAUAACGCCCCAGUGUUCAGUCAGGCCGUUUAUAAAGCCAGUCUGCCUGAAAACUCUCCUGUAGACACUGUAGUGGUCACUGUGAGCGCGACUGACGCUGACGAGGGAGUCAAUGGAGAUGUGACAUAUGACUUUGAACAUGUAUCUGAGGGUGUGAAGAAGUUAUUUAGUAUUGACCGUAAAUUAGGUGAGAUACGAGUAAUUGGUGAUGUUGAUUAUGAAACUACUACAUCAUUAGAAAUACGCGUAAAAGCAAAAGACGGGUUAGGGCUUUCUUCUUAUGCUAAGGUCAUAAUUUCUAUCACUGAUAUGAAUGACAACGCGCCUAUAGUUAAUGUAAAAUCUCUGACUAACCCCAUACCAGAAAACACCACACCUGGUACAGAGGUGGGCAUCAUUAACGUACAGGACAGAGACUCAGAGAAAAACAAAAGAGUCCACUGCUCCAUUCAGGAAAAUGUCCCUUUUAAGUUAGUUCCUUCUAUUAAAAACUAUUAUUCUCUGGUGACAACCGGACAACUGGACCGUGAACUAGUGUCUGAUUACAACAUUACAAUCAGUGCCACUGACGAGGGCUCUCCACCUCUGUCCUCCUCUAAAACUGUUCAGUUAUCUGUAGCUGACAUCAACGACAACCCACCUGUGUUUGAGGAACAGUCCUACAGCGCAUAUGUGACUGAAAAUAACAAACCUGGCUCCACUUUAUGUUCCGUUACUGCUCGAGAUCCCGACUGGAGACAAAACGGUACAGUGAUUUAUUCACUGUUACCUGGUGAGGUGAACGGUGCCCCAGUGUCCUCCUAUGUAUCAGUGAACGGAGACACGGGGGUGAUCCACGCUGUGAGGUCAUUUGAUUAUGAACAGUUGAGGAACUUUAAAGUCCAGGUGAUGGCCAGAGACAACGGUUCUCCUCCGCUCAGCAGUAACGUGACCAUCAGUGUCUUCAUAUCUGAUGUGAAUGACAACUCUCCUCAGAUACUGUAUCCUGCCCUGGAGGGCAACUCCUUCAUGACCGAGCUGGUCCCCAAAGCUGCACACGGAGGCUCACUGGUGUCCAAAGUGAUAGCAGUGGACGCGGACUCCGGACAGAACGCCUGGCUGUCCUAUCAUAUAGUUACAUCCACUGACCCUGGACUUUUCAUUAUUGGUGUCCACAGUGGAGAGAUCAGGACACAGCGGGACAUUUCUGAGUCUGACAGCAUGAAACAGAACCUUAUUGUGGCGGUGAAAGAUAACGGACAGCCCUCUCUCUCUGCCACCUGCUCCAUGUAUUUAAUUAUUUCUGAUAACUUGGCUGAGGUGACAGAACUGAAGGACAUUUCUUCUGAUGAGAAGAAUUCCAAACUGACCUCUUAUCUAAUCAUCGCCCUCGUGUCUGUGUCCACUUUUUUCUUGACCUUCAUCAUCAUAAUCCUGGGUGUGAGGUUUUGUCGCAGGAGAAAGCCCAGAUUGUUGUUUGACGGAGCAGUCGCCAUCCCCAGCGCUUAUCUCCCUCCUAAUUACGCAGAUGUUGACGGCACAGGAACUUUACGCAGCACUUACAAUUAUGACGCCUACCUGACAACAGGUUCUAGAACCAGUGACUUUAAGUUUGUGACAUCUUACAAUGACAACACACUGCCUGCUGACCAGACUCUGAGGAAAAGUCCCAGUGACUUUGCUGAAGUCUUUGGAGACUUUGACGCUUCUCCAGAGGUAUGA